AUGGCCGACGCGCAGCCGGAAUCGAUGAAAAAUCGGAAGCUGUCCCUGAAGAAGAUGGAAGCCCUGGUUCGAGAAAUGAUGGAUUCCGAAACCGGGGUUCCUCUCAGACGACACAAACUGCUUCUCACUGCGGUUCCAGACGCCAUGGCAGGCUACGAUAUGAUCGAGUGGCUGAUGGAGCACUACAACCUCGACGACUCCAGCGAAGCAAUAUCCCUGGCAUUGCAGUUGUGCCUCCAUUGCUUCAUCUAUCCCGUCUCUGAGAGCCGAGACAUCAGCGUGAAGGAUGAUUCAUCCAUCUACAAGUUCCACCCAGAGACUGCGUGGCCAUCGCGGGGACACGAGCCCGACUCCAGGUCAUACGCCGUGUACCUGGUGAAAAAGCAGAUGCGGAAGGACAAACCCCGACUGCACGCCAUAGACGAAUGGGAGUCGGAGGAACAUGCCAGGCUCAAGAUGAACCUGUCGGCGCACUGGAGUGGCAUAACCGUUCUCGCCGAGGAACAGCUGAAAUUGGAGAAGAACCGGAAGAAGACAGAGAAGUUGAUAGCCGAGAGCCAGGAGCGAGCGUACUGGAUGGUGUACCGACCGCCGCCAGGAGCACCUAAUCGCCUGGAAGUCCCGCCCUACGUCCAACUCCGCCAGCCUGAUCGUUUCUCACAACGGAAAUACGAAGCCGAGGCAUGUUUGGAGUUUUUGAAGAAUCACGUGGCUCGAUCGAGGACGAAAGUGUCGCAAGCUGCCCAAUCCUUGGUCACAUACACGACAACGUAUGCCGAGUUCGACCCCGUCAUGACACCCCCAAUACCGUCCAAUCCAUGGAUCACAGAUGACGCCACCUUCUGGAAUCUCAAUUCCGACUAUGUGGAAAUUCCGACGGAGCGACGGGUCAAGCGGUGGGCGAUCUCUAGCUGCGACGUGUUGAAGGACCCCACGGGACGCCGGGAAUUCGAAAAGUACCUGCAAACCGAGUAUUCCCACGAAAACAUCCGGUUUUGGAUGGCCUGCAACCGCCUCAAGAACUGCACGCCCACCUCACUCAUCGGCAUGCGCGCCAAAGAGAUCUUCGAGUAA